AUGCCGGAGGCACCAGGAACCGCCAUUCAAAAGACUCACAACGAGUUCACGCUCAUGUUCGUAGUUGACGACCAACCGGUCAGCUUCACGGGACGACUGUCCCCCUCUAUACAACCUUUCAGCACAAGAGUGGCUACCCUGACAUACAAUGAUCUCGAUGAUCUGAAGUCUACCCGUUCGUUCAACGGGAAAAUUGGACCCAUGACCUUCGAGCUGAACUUCGACAACGGCACUUCAGCCAAAGGGGACCUCCACGCACCUGGUGUACAGUCUGCUGAGAUGGUCAGUGGUUCUGGUCAGUGGCAGCAGAUGUAG